AUACAGACUGCUUCUACAAACAUUUGUAAAAGAAUAGGUCGCUCUCAAGAGCUCAGUGAAUUCAAGUGUUGUACCAUGAUAGGUUGCAACCUGUGCAAUAAGUCCAUCCGUGAAAUUUCCUUGCUAUUAAGUAUUUCACAGUCAACUGUUAGUGGUAAUAUAACAAUGUGGAAGCAACUGGGAACAACAGCAACUCAGUCACGAAGUGGUAGGCCACAUAAAAUAACAGCACAUGCUGAGGCACACAGUGCGCAGAAGAAAUCGCCAACUGUCUGCAGAGUCAAUAGCUAAAGACCUCCAAACUUUUGAAGGUGUAAGCAUACCAGGACACUUUGGACAAUUUCAUGCUCCUUCCUGUUUCAAAAUGACUGCACACCAGUG